GAGUAGAAGCAGGCACCACAACGUCUCCAUGGCCUGUCUGCCCGUGAACGUUCAGACAGAUGGAGGGAAGAGCCACCACCACGGACAGAGACCUCUCUGUGGCGUAGCUGCCGAUAGAGUCUUCGUUCGUUUGUUGGAUUGGCGAUCGGAUUGGAUUGGACGUUUGAUUGAUUAGAUUGCAGGAACGUUCGUCAGCUGAGGGUACUAAGAGAGCAACAACAAGGAGUCAAUGUCAAUGGCGACUACUUGGGCAUCUGAUCCGCGAACCACCAGGCGGCGUGGUGGUGUUGGUGCUGAGAUUGGCACGCGCAUCACUGAUCUGCCGGAGGCGUUGCUAUGCGAGGUGCUCCGUAGACUGGGUACGGCCAGCGAUGUCUGCCGCACCGCUACAGUCUGCUGGUCGUUCGCCUCGGCCGUCCGAUCUAAUCUGACUUGGGCGCUGCAGCUGCCUCCUGGAUGUCAUCGCCUUUGCCAGUCGAACCCUCCUUCCUCCUCCUCCUCCUCCUCCGCCGCCUCUUCCUCUUCCUUCUACCCCGACCCCACAAGCUCUUUGAGUUCGCGGGCUUGCUACAUGUAUCUCUUUUCUGGCUUUCCUGACAGUAAAUGCUCUCACGUGCACUAUCGAUUGGAGAGGUCUACGGGAGCCUUGCAGACGAGCGUUUCGGUUAUGGGAAUGUCUGUCGCCUGGGGUAACAACUCGCGGUACUGGAAGAGAAUUCCCCUCGAGGGAAGUGUAUUUAAGGAGGGCAUGGAACUGCUGAGCGUGUGCUGGUUCGAAAUCACGGGCACGGCAACGUGCUCUUUGCCACCGGGAAGGUACACGUGUGCAUGGAGACUGUCCCGGUCUCGGGGCGGUGAUUACGGCUUCCCCGAUCAUACCGAGGCCACCGUGUCCGUCGAGGGAGGGGCCUUUAUCCAGGGCUACAUAAGCACAGGAGAGCAUGACAUCGCGCGUUACCCAGAGUGGUCGGAGUUGCGAGUGGGAACCAUAGAAAUCGCCGCCGCCGAGGAGGACGGGGAGAAAGAGGACAACGAACUGUUGUCGGUGGCAAUCAAGUUUCGAUUAUUCAAUUUCGAGGGAGGGUGGAGGUAUGGAAUGAUUGUGGACGGUUUGGUUAUACGACCGGUAAUCAUGAUGGCAAAGGCUAAUCAGACAGAGGGGAGAAAUGAAGAGGAAGAACGCAAAGAGGAUGAUAGCGUGGCAGAGCCCUUAAGCGAUGAGGAGGAGGAGGAGGAGGGAGGGGAGGGGGGACGACGAGGAGGGCAGAUGCCGUCGUUUAAGCUACCUAUCCGAACUCUUCAGUUGUUCAAUUAGUGCAUUUGUUGAUGAGUGAGAGAGGCAACGCUGGAAUAGGAGAGAGGGAGGAUUCAGUGAACGACGCUCGACGGCAACUGGUGGUGAUCUGAUUGUCCCCGCUUCACGAGGAUUCAGUGGUGGUCCCACUCGACCCCAACUGGUGGUGGUGGUCCCCACUUCUACGAGGUGUACAGUAGGAGUGAGGGUGUCAUUCUUUUGCACGGUCGUUAUUGAUCCCCCGUGAUGGAGGAAUGAAAGGUAAUAUGAGAUUUUGGAGAGGAGGGCUGAAGAGAAAACACGGGCAGGGGCCUGAUAGCCUCGGAUAGCGAGACCGGUAGGGGCGCCUGUCUGUGCAAGAGGAGGAAGGUCUCACUGGUGACACCGAUUUCUGUUGAGUGGUCAAUUUGAUUUGCACGUGGUCGCAACUGAGUGCUCGGUUGUUGCUUACAGGAAGGGAGCAACUCCCCAUCAAGCAGCAGGCAGGAGCGUCUCAGAAAGGACAAGCAAUCCUAUUGCCCAGGAGCGACCUCUGGGCAAACAGAUGCAGCAAUGAACUGAAGUUUUGGGAAAGGAAAACGAAAGGUGGGCGGAUACGGGAGGAAGAUGGGAGGGAGGGAUGCUGUGUGCAUGUCUAUGUGUUUGUGUGUGUGCGGGGUGUCCCUGUGCGUGUGUGUGCGUGUGUGUGCGUGUGUGUGCGUGUGUCCGUGUAUGUGCGUGUGUCCGUGUAUGUGCGUGUGUCCGUGUAUGUGCGGGUGUGGCGGCGCGCGAGAAAGAGCGAGGGGGGAGAGAGAGAGAGAGAGAGAGAGAGAGAGAGAGAGAGAGAGAGAGAGAGAGAGAGAGAGAGAGAG